CGCGCAGGCGCGCGGCUCCGCGCUUCCUUCAGCUUCAGCCUCCGCGCCCGCGGACCGCCGUGCUGGUCUUCCUCAUGAAAGUGAGGUGAAGUGCAUCAGUCUUGCUGCUGGACUAUGGCUCAGGCAGCUGACCAUUGUAUUGAUGAGAGGUUGCCUGGCACCCUUGUUUGAUCCACACAGCUCUGCAGCAUCUGACCUUUCUGAUCUGCUACUUGCUACAGAUCUCUACUACAUGUCCACACAUGGUGAUGGAUGGCAGAGCAGAAAUGGAGGUCAUGAGAAGCACAAAAGGGAACGCUGCCAGGGAGGUCAGCAUCCAUCUGGUUGCCAAUGAGAACACUGUGCAGAACACACACCUACCAACAACUGCCUUCAUCAUACCAGCAAAUGCAACCGCCAUCAACCUCCCUACCAGCACCUUAGAAAUCCAGCGAUUUCCUCGGGAGUCUCAGAGGAGCACAGCAGCUGAGAGACCUGAGAGAGGGGCAGGGAACGAGGCCAUGACAGCAACUGUCAUCCCCCAGAUCAGCGGAGUGCAGACCUGCAACACGGUUCGGGUCCUUGAGUGGAAGGAUGGGGUGGCUACUCUGCCUGGGAGCAACUUGCGAUUUCGGAUAAAUGAGUACGGGACACUGAAAGUGGUGAGUGCUGAUAAAAUCCCUCCAGCUGAACCUGUAAAGGAAGCUCACAUGGAGAAAGAUCAGGAGUCGGAGGUAGCACCCAGCAGCAGGGACAAUCACAUUGUGGCUCAGGAUGUACCAGAGCAGCCCAAGCUGCCCACAGCAGAGAGCAUGUGCCACUGUGAUACCUGUGGCCGGAGACACGUGUCAGAGGUGGCCCGGGAGGGCAGGGGGUUCUGCAGCGAACACUGUCAUCGUCAGUUCAAAGAAAGGUCUGUCAUUGUAGAGAACUCUGCUGGCAGCACCAAUGUCACUGAAAUCCUCAAGCCAGUGAAAAAACGGAAAAGAAAGGAUUACCAGAGCCCUUCAGAGGAGGAGUAUGAGUCUGAGCAAAUGGAGGAAAAGCAGGAAGAGAGAAAAAACCUGGGGGGAGACUCCACCAUCAGCAAUACCGAGAUUGAAGAGUGGAGCGGGAACCAGCAUGGUGCCAGUGAGGAGAAGAAAGAAGGCUGGUCCUGGGCAUCCUACCUGGAGGAGCAGAAAGCCAUCGCUGCCCCUUUAAAUCUCUUCCAGGAUUACCAAACAGCUUCCCAGAACAAGAAUGGCUUUAAGGUGGGGAUGAAGCUGGAGGGGAUCGAUCCACAGCACCCUUCUAUGUACUUUAUCCUUACAGUGGCUGAGGUGUGUGGCUACCGGAUGCGCCUGCACUUUGAUGGCUACUCUGAAUGCCAUGAUUUCUGGCUAAACGCUGACUCCCCCAACAUUCAUCCUGCUGGCUGGUUUGAGGAGACGGGACACAAACUCCAGCCCCCAAAAGGGUGUUCAGGUUACAAAGAGGAGGAAUUCAGCUGGACCAACUAUCUCAAGAUAACAAAAGCUCAGGCAGCUCCUAAACACCUCUUUGUGACGCGAAACAGUAAUGAAGUUCCCACAGGAUUUGAGGUGGGCACGAAACUUGAAGCUGUAGACCGAAUGAACCCUUCCUUGAUAUGCGUUGCCACAGUGACAGAUGUGGUGGACAAUCGUUUUUUGGUGCACUUUGAUAACUGGGAUGAUACUUAUGACUACUGGUGUGACCCUAGCAGUCCAUAUAUCCACCCAGUUGGCUGGUGUCAGGAGCAUGGAAAACCCCUCACACCUCCUCAAGACUAUCCUGACCCGGAUAACUUCAGUUGGGAAAAAUACUUAAAGGAGACCGGUGCAUCUGCAGUUCCAGCUUGGGCCUUUAAAGUGCGGCCACCCCACAGCUUUCUGGUCAACAUGAAGUUGGAGGCAGUGGACAGGAGGACUCCCUCCCUCAUCCGCGUGUCUAGUGUGGAAGAUGUGGAGGAUUACAGGAUAAAGAUCCAUUUUGAUGGCUGGAGCCACGUCUAUGACUUUUGGAUCGAUGCAGAUCACCCAGACAUUCAUCCUGUAGGGUGGUGCUCCAAAACUGGACACCUGCUGCAGCCUCCUUUCAGGCCAAAGGAACCAGCCUCCUCAGCUCAUGGGGCUUGUCCAACCUUGGGUUGCAAGAGUAUCCCACACACCAAGGGCUCUAAGUACAGCUUUCAUCACAGGAAGUGCCCAACACCAGGUUGCGAUGGCUCUGGACAUGUGACAGGGAGGUUCACGGCCCAUUACUGCCUCUCAGGGUGCCCCUUGGCAGAGAAGAACCAGGGCAGACUGAAGGCUGAUCUCUCCGACACUGAGGCCUCUGCCCGCAAAAGGAACCUGAUUGGCUUCUCUCAGAGAAAAAAGUCCCGGCACCAUGGGAGAGGACGACCUCCAAAAUAUCGGAAGAUCCAGCAGGAAGACUUCCAAACUAUUUCCGCUGACAAUAUGCACCAGUCUCUCUUCAUGUCGGCCUUGUCUGCUCACCCAGACCGCUCCCUGUCUCUCUGCUGGGAACAACACUGCAAACUCCUGCCAGGGGUAGCUGGCAUCACAGCAGCCACAGUGGCCAAGUGGACCAUUGAUGAGGUCUUCAGCUUUGUUCAGACUCUGACGGGUUGCGAGGACCAAGCCAAACUCUUCAAGGAUGAGAUGAUCGACGGGGAAGCGUUCUUGCUGCUGACGCAAGCCGAUAUUGUCAAAAUCAUGAGUGUCAAGCUGGGCCCAGCGCUCAAGAUUUACAACUCCAUCCUCAUGUUCAAAAAUGCUGAUGACACCUUAAAGUGACCGUGCCCCAGCAGUGCCGGGACCCUCAGCAGUGGAGCUGCCAAACCAUCCCACUGGAGCACAGACCAUCCUGGCUGCAGCGACUGGAAAAUCCUGCUCCCUCCUUCCCUCUGAUUCAUCUUCUCUCUUCUUGCAGCAAAUCCAUCCUGCUCCAUGUUCCUCUCUGCAUUAUCUUGCUCCCCUGCCUCCUAGGGGAGCACCAGUUGUAUGCUGGGUCCAAGUGCAGAUCCAGAGCUCUUUUCUCCCGACCCUCGUAAAAAAACAGAAUGCAUCUUUCAGAGUGGAUUGCCCUUCUGCAUACAUCACCCUGCAGACUGACCCUGGUCUUUUGAUGACUUUUUUGAGUGCGUGCGUGUGUGUGUGUGCGCAUGUGUGAGUUUGUACACACAUCCAUGUACUUAGAGCAAUUAAUGAGAAGGUGUGGUGAGGGGGGGCUGGGGAUAGCUUUGCUGCUUAAGCAAUCAAGAUCAGAAAUCAGUUGUCACUGCAGACUCCCAGUCUUCACACAACUAUCUUCCUAGGUGCUCGCACGCACGCACCCACCUACACACACACACACCCCCCCACUGAAAGGGAUGAGUUGUGUUUUCUUAUCAAUUAAGAAGCAUUUUAACAGUGUGUGUUGGUGUAUGGGGUCAGGUAUUAGUGUUAUUUUUUUAGGAAACUUCCCAAAUAGCUUUUCACUGUUGCAUUUUGGGGGUUUUUUCUCUUGUUUUUUUGUGAUUCUCCUGUCAAAGCUGGACACUAACCUUGCUUUGCCCCUGGUUCUGUUUUGCCUCCAUCCUGAUGACAAUUUGCCUUUUCUUCUUAAUUCCUCUUACAUUCCCCCUAUUACUGCCCAAGCUACUUUUCUCUUUGCUAUUGUGGUCAGUUUUAUUUUCAGCAUUUACUGUUUAUAUUUCAGCAGCAGCCAGGAUUCCCCAAUCCCAGGCCAGAUCUCAGGUGCUAGGUGCUGUACAAACAUCAACCAGGAAGAUGACCUAUGUCUCAGAGUGCUUAUAAUCUAAGUAAAAGCUUAAGUGUACUGACCAGGUCAGUGCAGCUGUGGGGAUACAACAUCAGCUGAUUCAUACCCUCUCGGUUGGUUGGGAGGAAUGAUGUGCAACAUAAAAUCUUUUGCAGACUCUCAGAGAAGCUCUUUCCACCCAGUUGCACACACACUUUUAAAUGUCUUUCUCUGACUGGUGACAUUUUAUUUCCCUGACCCUUCCCCAUCCAAGUGGAAUAGAUUCCAGGUGGGUCAAAUUGUUGUCCUCAAAGCUAUGUGACACACACCCCUCUGUGGCAACAUUUGCAAAACACGUUUUUGAAUCAUUGAUGUUCCUGUCUCUUGUGAUUGGCUAAGAAAAGAUCGCCAUGGGGAGCAUGAGGCUGAGCAGCCAAUUGCUGUUACACACCAGCCUUGUAAAAUUUUCCUUGGAGACUAGUCUGAAGGGGGUUGAAUUAGUAGCACAGCCCCAGUCCCAAAUCACCAUGCUGUCUCAUUAGGAACGUUUGCAUUCCCAAGGUUGGCACCUCAAGGGAGUCGAUCUUUCCCAUUCUCCUGCCCCCGAUCACUGAGGACAGGGAUAAGAGCUCGUACCACAUACACCAGCAACAUGUCAUAUGAUAACAUGACCUCCAAAAUCCACUGUCAUGUUGGGGUGAAAUUCAUGGUAGGCUUCCCAUGGAAAUGUAGCAUUUUCUCUCUGUUAUUGACUGUUUAGGGUCACAUUUGACCUGCCAUUGGAAUGUUUGCUACUUGUUAUUCAUGAGCGAUUUAAAACGAUUUCUGGGUUUUCUUUGUUAAGAGGUUGGGUCUGGUUUAGUGGUUGUGCUCCCCUGCCCUUUAAUUUUCUUUAGUCCAAACACUGCAGUGAGUUCAUUUGUGGGGAGAAGCGACAUGGAAGGAGAGAAGAUUUGGACUCUGGACCCAUCCUUCCAUGCAUGCAAUCUGAUCUGCAGUGAAUGGUGCCAAAUUAAUCUUAGCCAAAGAGGAGCCUGCCUCCUGGGCUGCUGUUGGAUAGGAGGAAAGGAAGGAAAAGAGAGGCCGUGGGAUACUUACUUGGCCCUUUCAGCUGUGGGACUUUCCUUGUGAACUACUUUUUGAUAUUUCCAAAUAUGAUCCUUCAUAACUGUGAGUCUUCUGGUCAGCUCUUUGUAUUCCUGCACAGGACUCAGUCACUGGGUUUAUAGGAAGAGAAUGACAGGAAGAGACUCCUGUUUUCAUCAGUUCCACCUCAGCCUGCCUUGUGAAUACAUUCCUUUUCCUGUGAAAGGAGAACCAGUCCCUGUUGUGCUGGCAGGAUGCCAGAGAGGUGCUCUGGACAUGGCACUGGAGUGUCAGCUGUCCGACUUAGGCUCUGCAUUUGAAACUAGAACAAAGGAUAGGACGGCUGGUUCCUUGUGGGGCUAUUCCAGGAAGGGGAGAUGCUGGGGUGCAGUUAGAGCCCAGACUGAGGAGACCAGGAGCUAGAAACACCACAUGUGCAUCUGUGUAAGCAACAGGAUUAAGCCUGCUGUUCUGGUGCUGAGAUGCUGAGCAAGCUGUUCUCUGAUACCUUAUCCACCUUGCAGCUGGAUUCCUGGGCUCACGUGAAACCGUGUUCUUGGUGGGUAUGCUCUCUGCUAAGACUGCUGGAGUCGACCGCCUGUGGGCUCUGGCACUAAACCUUGCCCAGGCUGCGAUGGGGUGCUGUUUUCCUUGAGUGGUGCCCUCCCCUCACUGCAGCAUAAUACUGGACACAAGCCAAACUGCAUCCAUCAGUCAUGGAGUCUGGGUGCAGUCUUGGUCCUCCGGGGGGACUGUUAGGUCUGAACUUCCCAAAAGGGAAAGUUUGCCAGGAGGAUGAGCCUCACUGGAAACGUGAAGUGAGAUGUUGUGUGCGUGUGUGCGUGUGUUUGUGCUAACGACAGCAUUCUCAUCUCCCACUUGCUAUCUCAGGCAUGAGUUCAUUUGACUCUUGGGCUAAUCCUUUCCUGUUCUUUAAGAUCUGAAGCUUCUGAAUUGGUUUGGAUGAGAGAAUUAGAGGUCCUGUAGAUGGUCAAGGGCUAUUUACUGUUAAAGCUUUGUAACCUUAUCUUUUCCUUUAAAAAAACAAAAAACAAACUAAACCCAAAGCAUUGUGGGCAUGUGUGCAAAAAUGUGCACACCUGUGUGUGUGUGUGUGUGUGUGCGCACGUGCGCGUGCAUGUGUGUGAGAUAGCAACAUCAUCUCCUCCAUCCAUAGUGUGCCCAACAUUUUUUGGGGGUAUUGUUCCUAAGGUCAUAGUAACCAGCCAUAGGGCAGCAAUCAGAUGGGUGAGCAGAAGAGCCCUCCCUCAUGCCACCCUUCAGCAGGGGAAGGAUGAGAACAGGUAGAAUAUUCAGUAUUGUGAAGUCCUCCCCAUAAGAUCUUCCCUCCCUGCAGUGCAUCAGUGCCAGUGGUGCCAAGAGCUCCUCCUGUCUGAACCAAUGACACCCUCCUCCCACUCCUCCCCUAACCCCACCAGCUCAAGGAGCACUGAGGACCACUCAUGAGAAUAGAUUUCAGGUGGGUCAAAUUCUUGUCCUCAAAGCUAUGUGACACACUCCUGUGACAACAUUUGCCAAACACGUUUUUGAAUCAUUGAUGUUCCUGUCUCUUGUGAUUGGCUAAGAAAAGAUUGGCGUGGGGAGCAUGAGGCUGAGCAGCCAAUUACCUUUACACACCAGCCUUGUAAAAUCUUCCUUGGAGACCAGUCUGAAGGGGGUUGAGUUAGUAGCACAGCCCCAGUCCCAAAUCAACAUGCUGUUUCAUUAGGAACGUUUGCAUUCCCAAGGUUGGCACCUCAAGGGAAUCAAUCUUUCCCAUUCUCCUGCCCCCGAUCACAGGACAGGGAUGAGAGCUCGUACCACAUACACCAGCAACAUGUCUUAUGAUAACAUGACCUCCAAAGUCCACUGUCAUGUUGGAUGAAAUUCAUGGUAGGCUUCCCAUGGAAAUGUAGGAUUUUCUCUCUACUAGCAAAAGCACCUAAUUAAAUUCUCAGUCCUUAACCUGGAAACUUGUCCUUGGUGGAACACCAUAGGUAUGGGCAUUAUUUAAAAAAGUCAACAGCACUGCACCAGGAAUUAGUUUGGCCUUACAUUCAUGAGGGCUCCUUUUUCAGGAUGCUAAAAUGUCUCACUUGUUUAAAGAUUUUAAGCCCAAAGUGCUUUGGAAUGUGAGCCCCUCACUGCUCUCCCCUGCUUAUUUCUGCCCAUUCUGAAAGAAGCUGAGAAGUGUUUGUAGGACUUGGGAUCUUAGUGGCAAUGGAGGCUUGGGGGCCUUCUGGGGAAAGUGAGACAAUCAGCCAGUCAUUCACCCCAGUGACUGCAGGAAUGUCCCCUUCCAUGUUGAAACCCUGAGCUAGGGUGUAAUCGGGUGCUGGUGCCAGCUGACUAGCUGUGACAUUCUGCUGCCUCAAUAGGGCUGCUGUACUGUGUGCCAGCGUGGCAGGGGGCUCCUGAAUCCCUGUGCAUCCGAGUGGCUGGGCCUGAGAGGCUGUAGGACUGCAUAGCCCCCAGUAUUUUUAUUCUUUCACCAGGUCCAAAAAGUCCAGUGAAUGACUUGUUCCUGGAGCUCCCAGGUGAGAGAUGAGCUAUGUUUCUUAGUUGCCAGUCCAGACUGCUGGGUAGAUUCCAACAGCAGAGCCACUUAUAAGAUUCUCCAUCUCUUCUCUUUCCUUUGUCUGCUUCCCACAUCUCUAUUCUUCCACAUAUUCUCUCCCCUCAUCAUCAGGGAACGCCACAGGGAGCAGUAGAUGUCUCCCCUUCAUCCCAUGGGAGGCAAUAGGAGGGCCUGGUGUAAGAGCCUGCCUAUUGCGGAGCCUUUGGCUUCUCCCUCUGCCUACCUGGAGACAGCAGCAGGCACAUCAUUGCACGUACAGCCUGAUGCAAAGCCUGCUGAAGUUUUUCCAUUCCCUUCAGUAGGGUUUGGAUCAUGGUCCCUCUUUCUAUACAGAUGUAUCCUCAAAUGCUUAGUUAUCUCCAUUAAUGAAGAUGGUGGGUUUGUAUGAGUGAUGAAACAAUCUGCUGGGGAGAGAUGAUGGGACAGCCUCUUGGUAAAAGUGCAGUGAAUAGCUAGCUUGGGGACUCACAGGGGAAUGUACAGGGUUGUCCUCUCUCUCUUGCUGCACUUUGGUUGAGAGCCAAGUGAUUUCUGCACCAAUUGCAAGCACUUUUUUAAAAGAAAGGAAAUCCAAAUUGUCUAGGAGGUUGGAAGCGCCUCCACCUGCCAAGGAGAAUCUUUGGGCAUGAGUGCAAUGGAGGAAAUCAAAGAGGAGGGAGCCCUUUAAAGCUGCACCUUGGCUGGCUUUUCUUCUCUUCCUCCUCACUUCCCAGUCUCUUGGUCUGAUGGUUUAUCUGUCAGUGCUAAGGAAAGGGAAUUAGUUGAAGGCUGCAGCUUGGCUGUGCCUGAUCCUGCCCUUGUGUCUUUUAUUUUGGGGCUUGGAGUUUGCUGCUGUUUUGGGGGGAGUGGGAGGGGGUGGAGGGAAGGAGGACGGGGUUUUGGAAGGAGUGUGUUGAUGAAAACAAAACUUUUUUGCACUUUCAUUCAUUUUGCACUCAUUUAGUUUCUAUUUUUUGGGGUUUUUUAAUAUUUGCACCUCUUUGUGUUUUCAUGACGAAGAUACGAUCGUCGUAGGCAGUGCAGCUAUUCUGGAACUUUGUGUCCUGAGUAUACAGAGGUUUUAAAAAAGAAAAAAAAAAACCCAACAACUCCAGAUGUGAUGUGGUUUUGUCAGUGUUUUAAAAUAAUAAAUAAAUGUGAACAAUGGAAUUAUAAA